AUGCUAACAGGAAGAACCCUGAUUGUCAAUCAUAAGAACUCAAACAUGCAUGGUUUUUUCGCCAAAGGAUGCCCGCAGGGAAAAAUUUUAUCCCCCCUGCUGUGGUGCUUGGUCGUAGACGAACUUUUAUAUAAAUUACAGAAGACAGGUUUCCUCGCCUUUGGCUACGCUGAUGUAGCCAUUAUAGUGCGGGGCAUCUUUCUUUCAAUACUUAAGGAGACUAUGGGAAAAGCCUUUAAGAUCACGCAAGACUGGUGUCAAUCAAAAGGACUUAAGGCUAAUCCAUCAAAGACCAAGGCUAUGAUUUUCAUCAGGAAAUACAAAUCUGAAGCCAUUGAGCCGCUUAGACUCUGGCGAGAAGAUAUAGAAUACGUCCAGUCAGUAAAAUAUUUGGGAGUCCAUUUAGACACCAAACUGAAUUGGAAAACACAUCUCGAUAUAAAGAGAUCCAAAUUCUACGCCUCAUAUUGGGCGUGUAGAAGAGCAAUGGGAAAAUCCUGGGGUAUUAAUAUAACUACUACCUUAUGGAUAUACAAAGCGGUACUUGUACCGAGGUUAACAUAUGCUGCUGUUGUUUGGUGGCCCAGAGUGGAAAAGAUGGAGUCAAAGAACCUACUAAAAAGCCUACACAAUAAUUACUUGAGGGCUGCGGUAGGGACUAUGAGAACGACACCAACAGAAGCGCUGGAAGUGGCGCUUUGCAUUCCACCUCUAAGAUUGACUAUCAUCAGCGCUGCCAAACUCACAGCAUAUAGACUAAGGUGUCAGGAGGAGUGGAGAGAUUUCGAAGUAAGUCAUACCAGGCUCGAGUUUCUUCAUAAACCUCCCUUUACCUUAAAGCAAGACAGAAUAUCCAGAAUACGCCAGGUGGACAAGACGUUCUCCAUAAACUUGACCACCAGGGCAGACUGGAAAAACAGAAAUCUUCAGAUCCAGCCGGGGAUUCAUGCAUGGUUCACUGAUGGAUCUGGAGCAAACGGUUGCUAUGGAGCAGGCAUCUACUGUCCAGGAUCAAAUCAUAGAGAGUUUUUCUCUCUGAGUAAACUAACCACGGUCUUUCAAGCAGAAACUCUGGCCAUUCUGAAAUGUGGAAGACUCCUACUCUCAAGAGAGACAAAAACUAGGAGGAUAAAUAUCUAUACGGAUAGCAAAGCAGCCAUAGAAGCUCUUGCCAAAACCACCACUGAAUCUUCAAUGAUUUGGGACUGUAUGCAAACUCUAAACAGAUUGAGCGAGCGAAAUAACAUCACGCUUGUCUGGGUGCCUGGCCACCAAGGUAUCCAAGACAAUGAAGUGGCUGAUAGUCUGGCAAAACUGGGUACUUUAGAGGAACCAAUCUGCCAGAUAGUUGGAGUUCCCUUUGCAACAGGGAAAAACCAUAUCAAGGACUGGCUGAAAAGAGAACACAGGAUCUCUUGGGAGAUACUGAAAAGCUGCCGCCAAGCUAAGGCCCUGAUGACUCAGCCAUUGCCAGGUAGAACAAAGAAACUACUGGCAAUGAGUCUAGUUGAGGAGAGUAGUUGUAAAUUUUGUGGCGAAGAAAGGGAGGAUAGCGUGCACAUAUUGUGUCGCUGCCCGUCUCUAGCACUCAAGAGAUUCAGAUUCUUGGGCUCCAUGUUUGUGGAGCCCGAGGACCUAAAAAUACUUAAAAUCGGCCAUCUGUGUGCCUGGCAGCAAAUGCCGGGUUUUAGCAGCUUGGUCGAUAAACAACUAGCGGGAGUCGCAGAGGAUCUUAUAGAUCUAG